AUGUCUUUUUACAUGGAGACCUUGAUGAAGACGUUUACAUGUCUUUACCUCUUGGAUUCGGACGAAAGGGGGAGACACGAGUUUGCAAACUUCACAAAUCAUUAUAUGGCCUCAAACAAUCUUCACGUCAAUGGAAUCAAUCUUCAAGAUAUUGAAGACACCAAGAUGUUAUCGGAGAAUCAAUUCAAACUCAAGGAUCUUAGACAUUUGAAGUACUUUCUAGGAAUUGAGGUUGCGCGGUCUAACAAAGGUAUUACCCUUUCACAACGAAAAUAUGCUCUCGAGAUUCUAGAAGAUGUUGGAUACCUUGGCGUAAAAUCAACUUCUUUUCCCAUGGAACAAAACUUAACUCUCAAUAAGUCUGAAGGCGACUACAUUUGUGAUCCAUCUUCAUACAGAAGACUUGUUGGGUAG